CGGUACGGCGAUCAUCUGAUUUACUGGAAUGACAGCAAAGACAUAAUUGUUUUUGUUGCUUUUAUCGACACAAGCCUCUGAACAACUAGUCAACACACAACCAUUGUUAUUGUUCACACGCGACUUUCUUCACAGAAACACACUGUGAAUUGUGUGUGGUUUUUUUACUGCUUUGCUCUCGUUAUCAGUCACAUUGGUAGAAGAAAACAAUUUACACAAAUAAUAUUUAUUCAAUUGAAUGCUUUUGAAAACCAUAUCAAUUCUCUCUCUCUCUCUCUAGUGCAAUUUCUUUGAUAGAAAACCAAGUUUUCAUUUAGUUUUUUUUUUUACAAAAUCUGUUGAUUUUGAAGACAAGUGAAGUGCGUCAUUUGAUGGAAACCUCAUUUUACAAUUGCCAAGCUAUCGCUCGCUAUUACAACUAGCAAUUUGUGCAUGUGAUAAUUUUGUUUUUAUUGUUGUGGGUUUUGUGCGAUUCAUGCUCCCGUGUUGGUUUAAAGUUUUAGUUAAGAGUUCCUAUUCGUUGAAAAAUUGUUGAAAAUUUGUCAUUUUCGGUCAUUUCGGAUCAUUGCCGAAAAUCGGCACAAAUUAUCGGAUUUGGCUUCUGUUGUGUUAUCAAAAAUUCAUUGGGACAACUGACCAUCGGUUGGUCGUCGUCGCUUUUCGGUCAAUUCGUGUGUUCAGCUUCACACAACAAUUCGAGCUUAUUCGACGCUUUAAAUCAAUAGGUUGACGGAGAAGAUCGGUGUUCAGUAGCAGCUUCAAGCGAUUGUUUUGGAAACAAAGUGCAACACACAGCCCAUAACGCCCACAGGCUAUAAAAAUGCAUUUACAAUGGAUCGUGAUUCAUUUGUUAUGCAUGGCAAGUGCAAUGCACGAUCAGGGAAUCGACGACGUAUUUGAUUAUCAGCCGCAACAGAUACACAUUGCAUUCGGUGAAAAUGUGAACGAGAUCGUUGUCACGUGGUCAACAAUGAGCGAUGUUGGUGAAAAUGGCGCGAUCGUUGAGUAUGGAAUCAAUGGACUUAUUUUGAAAGCGACAGGUACAACCGAGAAAUUUGUCGACGGUGGACCGGCCAAACACACGCAGUAUAUUCAUCGGGUUUUGUUAUCAGAUUUAACGCCGGAAAUGCGCUAUGUUUAUCACUGUGGAAGUGAAUUGGGAUGGUCAGCAGAAUUCUCGUUCGUUGUGCCUCGAACCGACAGCGACUGGUCACCGCAUAUAGCCCUGUUUGGCGAUAUGGGCAAUGAAAAUGCACAAUCACUGCCACGACUUCAAGGCGAAUCUCAACGACAAAUGUACGAUGCAAUCAUUCAUGUCGGCGAUUUUGCCUAUGAUAUGCACUCGGAUAAUUCUCUGGUUGGAGAUCAAUUUAUGCGACAAAUUGAACCAAUUGCAGCCUAUCUGCCGUAUAUGGUUGUGCCCGGCAAUCAUGAGGAACGAUACAAUUUCUCGAACUACCGAGCCCGCUUUUCAAUGCCACAUCGAACCGAGAAUUUGAUGUACAGCUUUAAUCUCGGUCCAGUCCAUUUCGUCGGAUUCUCAACUGAAGUUUACUACUUCAUGAAUUACGGCAUAAAAACAUUGGUCAACCAAUACGAAUGGCUUGAGAAAGACCUCAUCGAAGCUAAUAAACCAGAGAACAGAAAACUCCGACCAUGGAUCAUUACGUUCGGUCAUCGGCCGAUGUACUGCAGUAAUGAAAACGGAGACGAUUGUACGCAUUUGGAAACAUUAGUUCGCGUUGGUUUACCGUUCACACACUUUUUUGGUCUGGAGGAACUCUUCUAUCAGUACGGUGUUGAUGUCGAAAUCUGGGCACACGAACAUAGCUAUGAACGUCUUUGGCCAAUUUACGAUUACAUGGUCAAAAAUGGGUCUUAUGAGGCACCAUAUACAAAUCCAAAGGCUCCAGUGCACCUAGUGACGGGAUCAGCUGGUUGCAAAGAAGGCCGUGAACCAUUCUUAAAGAAAAUUCCCAACUGGAGCGCUUUUCAUAGUCAGGAUUAUGGCUACACCAGAAUGAAGGCGUACAAUCGUUCGCACUUGUACUUUGAGCAAGUGUCUGACGACAAGGAAGGUGCCAUAAUCGACAGUUUCUACAUAAUAAAAGAUUAUCAUGGUCCAUAUCAAGCGGCGAAUGAAGUUUAAAUAAAAAAAAAAAACAAUUUGAUCACUACCAAAGAAGCAAUUUUAAUCUGUAAAAAGAUGUAUAGCUCAAUUAUUUUUAAGCCAAAUUUUCGGAAUAAAAAAAAACGGUUUUUAAUUUUCUUUGUAUUAAAUGUUAAUUUCUAAGAUUUUUUUUUUGUUAAAAUUUAUUUGUAAUUCAGUAACGAAAAUAAUUUACAAUAGUUAUAUAAACUGAAUUUUAAAAUGAGAGACGUGAUGGGUGAGUGGCGAUUGGCGAAUAAAAAAGAGUCCAAAAAUGAUGAAAAUGGCGAAUAAAAAAAAAACAAAUAAAUUCGGUAGUUUAAUGAAUUCUGGUCCAAUAUCCAAAAGAAUUGAAAAAAAAUGUGUUGUUUGGCUUGAAUCUCAUUCGCUCAUCGCCACCCGACCACACUGACUUGCUCCAAAGUAUUUAAACGGAAAAAAAAGAAUUUAAAUAUAAUCUGUAUAUUUGCUCAGAUCUCUCAUAACAAAAUGUAUUGUUUUUUUCUUCUUAUACAUGUAUCCUGGGUCAAUAAACAAUUCCUGUCGUUUGGUUCAGUGAUUCAAAUUCACUAAAUAA